AUGCCUUUUGGUUUGAAAAAUGUUGGAGCCACAUAUCAAAGAGCAAUGAAUUUCAUAUUCCAUGAUUUAAUUGGAAGGUUUCUAGAGGUAUACAUUGAUGAUGUGGCUGUCAAAUCUGAUACAAUUGAGGAACAUUUAACUCAUCUAAGGCAGACAUUUCAAAGACUGAGGAGUCAUCAGUUAAAGAUGAACCCUUUGAAAUGUGCCUUUGUGGUGACUGUUUGGUUUGCCUCAGUCAAUCAAGGAACUAUGUUCAAUGGAGAUGAGAUGAGGGAGUUUGCCACAGAGCAUGGCAUUCAAAUCUUAUAUUCUUCUCCUUACUAUGCUCAAGCAAAUAAGCAGGCUGAAGCAACAAACAAAAUUGUGAAGAAUACAUUGGAAAGAAUUAUUGAGGAUAAUCCUGGGGAUUGGCAUAAUCUAUUAUCUGAGGUAUUGUGGGUCUACAGAAAUUCUAGGAAAAAUAGUAUAGGAACAACUCCAUAUGAGUUUGUGUAUAGACAUGAUGUUGUACUCCCCUCAAAAGUUACUGUGAGGUCCAAUCGACUAACUCAACAGUUGAACAUCCCAAUGGAUGAAUAUAGUGAAGCCAUGUCAAUUGAGUUACAAGAUUUAGAAGAAAAUAGGAUCUCUGCUUUCAAUCAUUUGAUAGCACAAAAGAAAAAGGUAGAGAGAAGUUAUAACAAGAAAGUGAAGCACAAAGUGUUCUCUAAAGGAGAAUUAGUUUGGAAAACUAUUUUGCCUCUUGGAACAAAAAGCCCAAAGUAUGGAAAAUGGUUUCCUAAUUGGGAGGGACCCUUUAAAGUUUUCAAGGUCCUUAAAUGA